CUCUUUCGUGUGGAGCCUCAUCGGGCUUACGCAUUAUCCAUCUUUGAGAGACAUUUUUCGUCCUAAUCCUCCCACCUUCUUUCAUUCAUUCAAAAUUUAGGGUUUAUUCUUCUAUUUUUCCGAUUCAGAUCUGAUUGCAGGACGAAUUUCACGUUCAUGUCAACGCAUAGAUCUCGUUCUGUAGAUUAUUUUAUGUGGUUCAUUCUGGGUUUAAUUUUGAGAUCGGAUUGGCAGAUUAGGCGGGACUGAAGUUCUUUUGAGAAAUCACUUUCAUGUUCUGCUCUGGAUUGGAAUUUUCUCCUCCUUAGUUAGUAAACAGAUCUUGAAAGUUGGCUCCUCAAAGACGAUCGCAGCGCCACAUGGGUGGCCAGAUGCAGCAGAGCAAUGCUGCGGCGGCGACUGCGUUCUAUGAUCAUGCCGCUGGUGGCUCCCUGCACAAUGCUGGUUCCUCCGGGGAUGCUGGCGAUGCCGUCAUGGCGCGGUGGUUACAGUCCGCAGGGUUACAGCAUCUGGCCUCGCCCUUGGCUUCGACGGGCAUUGAUCAACGCCUCCUUCCCAAUCUCCUCACGCAGGGUUAUGGAGCACAAUCUGCUGAAGAGAAGCAGAGGCUGUUAAAAUUAAUGAGAAAUCUUAAUUUCAAUGGGGAAUCUGGUUCUGAGCCAUAUACGCCGACUGCCCAAACUUCUAGUGGUAUGGUUGCAUCAGACGGUUUCUAUUCCCCAGAUUUCAGGGGGGACUUUGGAGCUGGGCUUUUGGAUCUUCAUGCCAUGGAUGAUACGGAGCUUCUGUCUGAUCAUGUUAUCUCAGAACCCUUUGAGCCAUCGCCUUUCAUGCCUGGGGGCACCAAAGCAUUUGAAAAUGAUUUCAACAUGACACUUGGCAGGCUGCAAAAAGAACAAAGUGAUACAGAUGCCUCAGUUCCAUUCUCUGCCAUUGUAAAAGAGAACAACACAAGGGAAAAUAAUGUAGCUAAGAUUAAAGUUGUGGUACGUAAAAGGCCAUUAAAUAAGAAGGAACUUUCUAGGAAGGAGGAGGAUAUCGUAACUGUAUGCGACAAUGCUUUAAGUGUCCAUGAACCUAAGCUGAAGGUGGACUUGACUGCUUAUGUGGAGAAGCAUGAGUUUUGUUUUGAUGCUGUUCUGGAUGAGGAUGUCACUAAUGAUGAGGUUUAUCGGGUGACUGUGGAGCCAAUUAUUCCUAUCAUUUUUCAGAGAACAAAAGCUACAUGUUUUGCAUAUGGUCAGACAGGUAGUGGCAAAACUUUCACUAUGCAACCAUUGCCUCUCAGAGCAGCUGAAGACCUUGUUCGAUAUUUGCAUCAACCAGUUUAUCGCAAUCAGAGAUUCAAGCUGUGGCUUAGCUAUUUUGAAAUUUAUGGCGGGAAACUCUUUGAUCUUCUCUCUGAUAGAAAGAAGCUCUGCAUGAGAGAAGAUGGACGUCAACAAGUUUGCAUUGUUGGUCUGCAAGAGUUUGAAAUUUUGGAUGUACAAGUUGUUAAAGAAUAUAUUGAGAAGGGAAAUGCUGCCAGAAGUACGGGUUCUACUGGUGCUAAUGAGGAAUCUUCCAGGUCACAUGCUAUUUUACAACUUGCUGUUAAGAAGCACAUUGAGGUAAAAGAAUCAAAAAGGAACAAUGAUGGAAAUGAUUCUAAAGGUGUGAAAGUUGUGGGAAAGAUUUCUUUUAUUGAUCUUGCCGGCAGUGAAAGAGGUGCUGACACUACCGAUAAUGACCGACAAACAAGGAUUGAGGGUGCAGAAAUCAACAAAAGUCUUUUAGCUCUUAAGGAGUGCAUUCGUGCUCUGGACAACGAUCAGAUCCACAUACCAUUUCGAGGGAGCAAACUUACAGAAGUGCUCCGUGACUCUUUUGUUGGCAACUCAAGAACUGUCAUGAUCUCUUGUAUUUCGCCAAAUGCAGGCUCAUGCGAACAUACACUCAAUACUUUGAGAUAUGCAGAUAGAGUCAAAAGUCUUUCCAAAAGUGGAACUACAAGAAAGGAGCAAGCUGCAAAUUCCAUACCACCUGUUAAUAAGGAUGUCUCAUCAGCAACAUCAAUGCCUCUUUCUACUGAUAUGGAAGAUGUUUAUGAACAAGAGUCAAAACUAGUAGAUAUAGGUGGAAGAGCUGCAGAAAGAGAAACACAUCCUUAUAAUGCCGCUGGUGAGUAUGAGAAGCAGGGUUCAAGUUUUACACCAAGUUACCCCUUCAAUGGGCAUGGGGAUCGUGGGUCAGCUUCUAGCGUAAUAGAUAAAGAUAGAUUGGAAACAAGCAAUUCUUAUGGCAGUUCUACAAGCCAAAAGGUGUAUGCAUCGAAUACGCAAAAUCCAGCUGAUACAGAAGAGAAAGUCCCAAAGGUUUCACCUCCUCGCAGAAAAGUAUCUAGGGAGGAAAAAUUGGAGAAGUUGGGAAAUUUACCAAAAAAAGAUACGGGUGGAUCUGAUAACACCUCUGCAAACACCAGGCAGCAAAACGCAGACUCUUAUUACACGAAUAAUGUUGGAUCUAGACAAUCUGAACCUGAACCUCCUAAUGAUGGGAAUAUCAAUGCAAUACUUGAGGAAGAAGAGGCACUGACUGCGGCUCACAGAAAAGAGAUUGAGGAUACAAUGGAGAUCGUUCGUGAGGAAAUGAAACUGUUGGCGGAAGUUGACCAGCCAGGCAGCCUAAUAGAUAACUAUGUCACCCAGUUAAGCUUUGUGCUUUCACGCAAGGCAGCUGGUUUGGUCAGUCUUCAAGCUCGCCUGGCCAGGUUUCAGCAUCGACUGAAGGAACAAGAAAUACUUAGUCGGAAGAGAGUUCCUCGUUAGGGCAGUGCCUGUCUUCUUCUUCACCUAGUGAUAGCAUCAGAUGUUGUCUUGUAAUUUCUCCUUCCUUGUGUUAUCUUGCGGUAUUACAUUUGUUGUAAAACUUUACCUCUGGCAAAGGAUAUUCAAAUUGACUAAGUAGGUUGUAAAUAUUCUUAUAUGAUUUCAUUUCGCUAUCACAGUCGGACCAUGGCAGCGGUGCUUGGUUGUUUCCAUGAACUGGAGUUCUGUGCAGCCCGGCUUGUGUCAAUGGUCUAAUGUUGCUGUCUAAAUCUGGGUGUGGCUCAGACAAUGUUGGUGAGAUUUAGGUCGAUUAUUCUCGAUAUAGAUAUCAAUUGCAUUGUUUAGAUGAAAUCUGAUGUGUUGUACCAAGUUAUAUGGGUUUGUGGCCUUGGACGUUCCAGAUGACAGAAUGGUUUAGAUGUUUCAAAUGAAAAGUUGUACGAUUUUUCUUGAGAGAUUCUUUUCCAUUUGGUUUUUGUUA